GUCAAGGAGGAGGAUACGCAGAAUAUGAACCAUGGUUAACUAUUAAUAAUAAAUGGAAUCCGAGUUGAAAUGUAAAAGCCCGCGCGCCAAAAAUUGCGAGUGAGUUAGAGUGUUAAACCCUAGACUGUUAGUUUUUGGCAUUGGAAGAUCAAACUUUGGUAUUGAAAGGCAGAAGAUGUCGAUUGACCUGCUAUUGAAGCCAACGUGUGGCGGAUGUGGUUCAACCACCGAUCUUUAUGGAAGCAAUUGCAAACACAUGACUCUGUGCUUGACCUGUGGCAAGAGCAUGGCGGAGAACAAGGCAAAAUGCGUUGAUUGUGGCGUCACCGUUACUCGCUUGAUUCGAGAAUAUAGCGUUCGCGCUACCUCUGGCAGUGACAAACAUUAUUUCAUUGGGAGAUUUGUAUCUGGUUUGCCUGACUUUUCGAAAAAGAAAAGUGCUGAAAACAAGUGGGCCUUGCAGAAGGAGGGAUUACAGAGCCGCCAAGUCACCGAUGCUUUGCGGGAGAAGUACAAGAACAAACCAUGGCUCUUGGAAGACGAAACUGGUCAGUCUCAAUUCCAGGGUCAUCUCGAAGGUGCACAAUCAGCUACGUAUUACCUGCUAAUGAUGGAAAGAAAAGAAUUUGUUGCCAUUCCUGCUGGUUCUUGGUACAACUUUAACAAGGUUGCACAAUAUAAACAAUUGACACUGGAGGAAGCAGAAGAGAAAAUGAAGAACAGAAAGAAAACUGCUGAUGGAUAUGAAAGAUGGAUGAUGAAAGCAGCAAAUAAUGGGCCAGCUGCAUUUGGUGAACGUGGUAGGUUUGAUGAGAAGGAGAGCAUUGCAGGCGGGAGAGGGAAAAGCAGUAAGAAAACUGACGAUGAUGAAGGCCAUGUAUCAGAUAAAGGAGAAGAGGAUGAAGAUGGGGAGGUAGGAAGGAGGAGUAGACUUGGACUAAACAAAAAAGGUGGUGAUGAUGAUGACGAAGGUCCAAGGGGAGGAGACCUUGAUCUGGAUGAUGAUGACAUCGAAAAGGGUGAUGAUUGGGAGCAUGAAGAGAUUUUCACUGAUGAUGAUGAAGCUGUUGGCAACAAUCCUGAGGAAAGGGAAGAUUUGGCUUCUGAAGUUCCUGCUCCUCCAGAAAUCAAGCAGGAUGACGAGGAUGAAGAUGAAGAAAAUGAAGAAGGGGGAGGUCUGAGUAAAUCUGGGAAAGAGCUGAAGAAGCUGCUACGUACAAGUAGUCUAAAUGAAUCUGACGCUGAAGAUGAUGAUUACGAUGAUGAUGUGGAUGAUGAGGCUGGCCUUCCUCCUGUGAUUGUUUCAAAGCAGAAGGGUGCACCUAAGGAAGAACCCACUGACAAUAGCCCUUCAAAACCUGCAAUAACAGGAACUGUUCGGGGAACUGUAUCCACUUCAAAGCCUUCAAAGGGGAAGAGAAAAUUCAAUGAGGAAACAAAAUCCACUAAUGGUGCACCACCAAAGAAGGUCAAAAUAGAAAAUGAACCAAAAUCAACUGUCAAAGAUGAAAACGGGUCUGCAUCUAAAAAUAAUGCUCCUGCAAAAGGUGUACCACCAGCACCAUCAUCUAAAGGUGGUUCUUCCCCCAUUGUUUCUGGACCUGUGAGUGAGGAAGAAAUCAGGGCUGUUUUGAUGCAGAAGACUCCAUUGACCACACAGGAUCUUGUUGCUAAAUUCAGAGCAAGGCUAAGAAGUCCAGAGGAUAAAAAGGCUUUUGCGGAUAUCCUGAAGAGAAUCUCCAAGAUACAGAAAACUAAUACAUCCAGUUAUGUUAUAUUGAGAGAUAGGUGACAUUGUAUCGAAGAAGGGGCAAUUUUUUUUUUUUUUAAUUUUAUCGCACUCUCCUGGGUUAUAUACCUUGUUAGUUUAGUUGUGAAAUAGAUUAUUUGGAAAACCAUUCUUAUAAUAAAUUGCAGUGUCGUAA